GUCUUCGUGAUCAUCGAGGGCGCGACGCCACUGCACUCGGACAACCAGGCGGCCAUCGCGCUUACCCGAGACCACCAGUACCACGGGCGUACGAAGCAUAUGGACGUGCGCCUGCACUUCAUUCGCUAUGUGGUCGAUGACGGCAAGAUCAUACUCGUGUAUUGUCCUACCGAGGAGAUGGUUGCUGACGCGUUGACAAAGGCGCUGCCAAGCGCGAAGGCUAAGCACUUCGCCGCUGGGCUUGGACUUGGUCCGGCUUGAGGGGGAGUGAUGAGAUGCAGGUCAGUACAUACUUUACUUACCUAUAUACCCACGGACAAUCCGGACGCAAGUCCGCUACCUAUGCAUUCCUUCCUUUUAGGGUACAAUACACGGACCCACAAAACGGACCCAUACGGUCCCACAUACUUACAUAAGCCUCCGUAUAUCUUCACUUUCCGAUCGGCAGCUCUCCUCAGUC